UAUAUUGGUUUAUAUUUGACAACGCCUAAUCAUGACAGAUAUGGAAUCCAAUAAGGAAGUAGACGUGUUUAAAGACAUGCAAACCAAGUUCAAGUCCAUCCAGAAACUGUUGGAUGACGAUAAGAAAUUCAGUAUACAGAGCGAACCGUAUAAAAUGAAAUACGAAGCUAUAGAAAUUCUGCAAACUAUGGAAAGAGACAUAGUUGAUCAUCUUACAACAAACACAUCUACAGAAGAGGGUGAAACAUCGCUUGCAUUUAUACAAUUACAGCUCGGUUUACUAUAUGUCGAUACGGAGCAAUUGAAAGCCGGAGAAGUAUCAUGCACAAAAUGUCUGCAAGUAUUGAAAGACAAAACAUUGGAUCCAUCAGCAGUUUCCAUAGUGAUCUCUGCUCUGAAUCAGUUAGGUUUAAUAUGGUCUCAUUGGAAUGAACCUAUGCAGGCUAAGACUUUCUUAGAACGCGCAGAGAAGAUCUACUAUGAUUUUAAAAACAUGGAUGGCGUAUGCAAGUUUCCUGUUCAUUUACCUAUGAUCGGCUUUAAAGUAACGAAAAACAAACCAUGUCCUCAAGAAACAUUCGAGAGUAUCCAUACUUUAACGCUGUACUUCUUAGCUCAAGUAUACAAGUCUCUGGAAGACAAUCACAAAGCCGCUAUGUACUGUCAUUUGACUUUACGCAGGCAGUUGGGUGGCGAUACCAUAGCUGAAGACCUGGAUUAUAUCGAUUGGGCGUUAAACGCAGCUACCCUGUCGCAAUACUUCAUGGAGAACGAUAGCAUUCCUCUAGCCAAGCAUCAUUUAGCAGCCGCGUCUUAUGUAUUACAGAAGUACGAAGACAUAUUGAAAGUUCAAAGUUUGAACGACGGAGGAAGCGAAGAAAUGGAAGCCAAGUGGGAAAAUUUCAAGCACAGAAGCGCAGACGUAGCUAGAUGCUGGGCUAAAUAUGGAAUUUUACUUAUGUGCAUAUCGAAACAAAGACUUCUAGAUGAUGGGGGAACAAAGCAAGGGAACGAUGGGUUGGAUAAUGAAAAUCCCCCAAUGCCAAACCUGACUGAUUUAAAAUUUGAUAUUUUAGAGAAAGAUAUAGAGCCAAUCGCGAGCCGAAUCACUGAUAAGUACCUGUUAGAUUUCGAGGAUGCCAGACUAGUGUUUUUAAACGUCCAGAAAUGGUUGGACCAAGCAAAGUCGUAUUACACAUUAGAGGAUCAUGCAUCCGAUCACAUAGCCAUCGUACAAGAUGUUUCCCAAGCGUACAUGUACCUAGCAUUCUUCGAAGAAGACGAGGACAGACAAGCGAAAAUGCACAAAAAGAGAAUAAACAUUCUCGAAGAUGUCAUCAAGGAGAUAAGUCCGCGAUACUACAGAUCCGCUUGCAGGCAGAUUUGGAUCGAAUUAGGAACAACCUACUCGGAUCUUCUCGAGAUAAAGCUCGAUCGUUCCCGUGACACGAAGCGAACGCCGCAAGCAGUGGCAAAGAUUAAUCACCUAAUCAAAAGUUCCAUAAAGAAUUUCCAAUCGUUCAUCGAUUCCUUAGAAAUUGGUACUUCCAAUUCCGGAACCGAACUUCCCGACGACGUGUUGCAUACGGCCCUGAUGGCUCACUUUCACAUCGGUAGAUUGUACAAUUCAAUAAUAUCCACCGACAAAGCAGUCUUAAUAGAGAACACGCAAAACAGUCUGAACGCUUACAAAUUCGUGAUCGAUUACUGCGAGAAGCAUAGCAACGCGAGGGAAUUAAUUAAAUGUGAAUUGAGCUUUUGUAAAGAAAUAGUCAGUCUACUCCCCUUGAAAAUACGGAGAAUACAAGAAAAGAGUUGGUGAACCUAGAUUCUAUGUCCUUAGAUGUAAUUCGAUAUUAUCUGUUAAAAUAAAAUGCUUAAAUAACUGUUCGAAGAAGUUAAAUGUUCGGUUACAUUAUGUACAGUUGCGAAGCUUGUUUUAGUUCUAAGACUAUUUUAUUAUUAUAAAAUAAUUACAAUAUGAACGCGUGUUGUGUAAAUUGUAUCACAAAAUUGCAUUUCUUUUCGUUUAAGGGAUCAUUCUGCUUUAUUGGUCAAUAGAAACAUGCUUCUUCGCUAAGUUUUUUUUUAAAUAUUACGAAACCAUUUAUUUUAAUCUUCAUGCAUAUAUUUAUUAUGCUUUUAGAAUUAUAUUAGAAUUUUUUCAAGAAGAAAUAUGAAUGUUAUAUUGAACUAUCUUUAAUUAAAGAAUAAUCUAUUUUAAAAGCAUAAUAAAUAUACGCAUGAAGUUUUAAGUAAAUCGUUUUGUGAUAUCAUUUCGAAAGAAAUGAGCGAAAAAGCAUAUUUUUCUUGGCCAUUAAAGUAGAAUGACCCCUCAGAAUUCUAUGUAUCGUACUACAUUAAAACACAAUAAAAAAAAAAAUUGCCUAAGUAGCUCGGAUUUUUAUACUUUGUAACAGACUAUUAUUAUUAUAAAUUAAAGAACCGAGAGGUGUACAUACAACAACAACAACAACAAGAACGUGCUGU